AUGUCGCCUCGAACAAGUGGCCUUCUUGACAGCGAUGACUGGGACGAAGUAAAGUCAGACUCGUCCUCACCAGACUGGGCCAUCAGCAAAAAUUACUGGAAGCCAUCGCAAGCAGGUGGCAAGAUAAAACAAGUUGUCAACAAAAUCAGAGCCGCCAUCCGUGCUCGAUCAAGACCUCCCCCAGAGAAUCUCCGUCCAACUGCCUACCUGGAUGGUCUUCGCGGGUUCGCAGCUCUUUUGGUGUACAUUCAUCACAAUGAACUAUGGGCACAUGGUAUUCCUGAGCUAAACAAACCCUUUGAGAAUGCGUUUGGCUACGAGGGGAAAUACUAUUUUGCCGCUUUCCCUGGCAUACGACACUUCUUCACAGGCGGUCACUAUGCCGUAUCAACCUUUUUCAUUAUCUCAGGCUACGUGCUUUCUCUCAAGCCGAUAAGUCUCAUCCAAGCAGGAGAGUACAUUCAGCUGGGCGAUGUCAUCGCAUCGUCCUUUUUCAGAAGAUGGAUUCGUCUUUAUUUACCCAUCAUUAUGGCCAUGAUUAUCUACAUCACGUAUUUGCACGUCUUUGGCGUGUGGGUGCGUAUCAUGACAAAGCAGAAAAGCUGGUAUGAUGAGAUGUGGACAUUUUACUACGAGUUCAAGAACUUCAGUUUCGUUUUCAAAGAAGGUGGCGAGCCGUGGUUGUCGUACAACAAACAUCUGUGGUCUAUCCCCGUGGAGUUUAAAGGCUCAGUUGUCGUUUUCACCGCCCAGAUGGCAUUUUCUCGAUGUUCGAAAAAUGCUCGUCUCUGGUGCGAGCUUGGACUCAUUUUCUACUUUAUGUACAUUGCCGAUGGAUCGUUCAACGCCAUGUUCAUGUCUGGCAUGCUUCUUUGCGAUUUGGACGGCCUUGCAAAGAAGGGCGAUCUUCCUCGAUGGAUGGCACGUUUUGAGCCGAUGAAAGAGUUUAUCUUUUACCACCUCCUUGUUUUCAGUCUCUUCCUGGGAGGCGUGCCAUCUGAGAACAGCAAUGUUGAGCAACUCGCCAAGAACAGAGGUUUCUACUACCUUUCGUGGUUCAAGCCGCAAGCUGUUUACGACUAUAAAUGGUUCUACUUGUUUUACGCAGCUGUGUUCCUGGUAGCCUCAAUCCCUCGAAUCUUUUGGCUCAAGAGCUUUUUCGAAACAAGAUUCUGCCAGUAUCUGGGUCACAUCUCAUACGCCUUGUAUCUCUGCCAUGGCCCAAUUCUAUGGGUUGUUGGAGAACGAUUAUACAUGGCUGCAGGAUGGCAGAACGACGACAUGAUGAAGAAUAUUCCUCACUGGGCGAACAAAAUGCCUCUGUCAACGAAGGGACCCAUGGGAUUGGAAUUGGCGUUCUUACUGCCUCAGCUGAUCCUUGUGCCUUUGACAUUUGGAUUAGCUGACGUUGUGACAAGGGCUCUUGAUACGCCCAGUGUCAAGUUUGCAGCCUGGCUAUACAAGAAGGCUUUGGGAGAUCCAAUUAGCAAACAGGCUAGACAUUGA